ACCGGCAAACAUCCCUGGGACCCUCCUAAGUUAACUCCUGGAACCAGAGCACAGGGACUCUUGAAGCCCAAGAGCUGCCGCCUGAGGCCUCCAGACAGACGGCAGGGACUGGGCUGUCCCCAAACCGGGCUCCGGGGGCCCGAGGCAGGCGAUCUUGAGCCGGGUCUCUGGGGUCUCCCUGUCACGUGUUCCCGAGGCGCUUCCAAAGCCCCGGCGCGGGGCCCCUCCUUCCCACCGCCGCCUCCAGGUCCUGCUCCUGCCGCCGCCGCCACCGCCGCGGCCACGAGCAGAUCGACCGCGCUCAGCCACGCAUCCCGGACUCCAGGCACCAAAGGCGGCCGGGGCGUCCCAAGGAGGUACUCACUCCAGGCCUCGCCUGCCCCCACCCAGAGCCCGGGUCCCUAUCCUGGGUUUUGGAGCAUCUUGCGGUUUCCAAGAAGGACUCUAGUAUGGAUUUGGAACUUGAAGAGCAUUUUAACAAGACAUUUGUCACAGAGAACAAUACUGCCACCAGUCAGAAUGCCGCCUUCCCCUUCUGGGAUGACUACAGAGGAACAGAGAACAAUACUGCCGCUGCUCACAAUGCCGCCUUCCCUGUCUGGGAGGACUACAGAGGCAGUGUAGAUGAUUUACAAUACUUUCUGAUUGGGCUUUAUACAUUUGUAAGCCUCCUUGGCUUUAUGGGAAACCUACUUAUUUUAAUGGCUGUUAUGAAAAAGCGCAAUCAGAAGACUACAGUGAACUUCCUCAUUGGCAACCUGGCCUUCUCCGAUAUCUUGGUAGUGCUGUUUUGCUCACCGUUCACGCUGACCUCUGUCCUGCUGGAUCAGUGGAUGUUCGGCAAAGCCAUGUGCCAUAUUAUGCCUUUCCUUCAGUGUGUGUCGGUUCUGGUUUCUACUCUGAUCUUAAUAUCAAUUGCCAUUGUCAGGUACCACAUGAUAAAGCAUCCUAUAUCUAACAAUUUAACAGCAAACCAUGGCUACUUCCUGAUAGCUACUGUCUGGACCCUGGGCUUUGCCAUCUGCUCUCCCCUCCCAGUGUUUCACAGUCUUGUGGAACUGAAGGAAACCUUUGGCUCAGCAUUGCUGAGCAGCAAGUACUUGUGUGUUGAGUCAUGGCCCUCUGAUUCUUACAGAAUUGCUUUCACAAUCUCCUUAUUGUUAGUUCAGUAUAUCCUGCCUUUGGUAUGUUUAACAGUAAGUCAUACUAGUGUCUGCAGGAGCAUAAGCUGUGGAUUGUCCCACAAAGAAAACAGACUGGAAGAAAACGAGAUGAUCAACUUAACUCUCCAGCCAUCCAAAAAGAGCAGGAACCAGACAAAAACCCCUAGUAGCCAAAAGUGGAGCUACUCCUUCAUCAGGAAGCACCGAAGAAGAUACAGCAAGAAGACGGCAUGUGUGUUACCCGCUCCAGCACGACCUUCCCAGGAAAACCACCCGAUAGUUCCAGAAAACCUAGGCUCGGUCAGAAGUCAGCUGUCUUCAUCCAGUAAGGUCAUUCCAGGGGUCCCAAUCUGCUUUGAGGUGAAACCUGAAGAAAAUUCAGAUGCCCACGAGAUGAGAGUCAAGCGUUCUAUCACUAGAAUAAAAAAGAGAUCUCGAAGUGUUUUCUACAGAUUGACCAUACUGAUACUCGUGUUCGCUGUGAGCUGGAUGCCCCUCCACCUUUUCCAUGUGGUGACUGAUUUCAACGAUAACCUUAUUUCCAAUAGACACUUCAAGCUUGUGUACUGUAUUUGUCACUUGUUAGGCAUGAUGUCCUGCUGUCUUAAUCCUAUCCUAUAUGGAUUCCUUAAUAACGGGAUCAAAGCAGACUUGAGAGCCCUUGUACACUGCCUCCACAUGUCAUGAUUCCCUUUGUUUACCAAGGAACAAAGAAAUGUGGAGACUGUCUAUAACACAUUUGUACCAAUUGAUGUAAUGUAUUCAUUUAAUUUACAUAAAAGUGUUCUGGGUUCAUAAUGUAUGGAAGAUCAUUUUCAUGUCAGAAUAUGGUUAAUUCAUCUAGUUGUACAGAGUCAGUGUUAGUCUAAUCUGUAAUUUCAUGUUUUGAAGUAGUUGCAUUUCCUUCUAUUACAUGGCACUGGUGAUAAAUGGGUGACACUUCAUUUAGUGUAAAAGUUAUAGCAAACCAAGUUGAUAUUUUGAACAAAAAUGUAAGAAGCAAAAAGGUUGUCUGAAAGAAUAUUUAAAAGCAGAUUUAAGGAAUUUCUAUUAUCUAGAUAUCCUCAUUUCUACUUUGCAGGCCUCUUAAUAUUUUUUAAAAUGGUACAAAAUAUUUAAUAUGCCCAAAAGUCAGAACUCUAUUACACAUGUAUAUGUAAUUAUAAAUUUACAGAAUGAUUCUCUAUUAUUGAAGAUUGGUAAAACUGUCAAUUUAACCUGGCUGUUCUACUGCUACUAAUUAACUUAUCAAGUACAAAUAGGUUUUUAACUCUUGUUUAGAUUUAUUUCACAUUAACCACUGUCAAAUAAAGGUUGUUUUCCUAUACACCUUUAAUGUUCUAAAAUGUGAAGUCUAAAUGGUGUCUGCAUUUCUAAUUAUUAAAUAACUCAUAAGACUAUAUUUAAGAGUCUGCAAAUGGUAUGUUUAGUUAGUGUUAAUAUAAAUAAAAGUAAAUAAUUGAUUUCAUGUUAUUUCUAUGUUGUAUGCAUGUUAGGUAUCAUGUCUUGCUACAGUGAAAACAAACUGAUCUAUUUGAUGUGUUUCUUCAUUUGAGCAUGUUUCUUGCUCCUGUUAGUUGUUUGGUUGGUUUUAUUUGUACAACUGAAGAUGGAACUGAAGGCCUUGUACAUGCUAGCAAGUGUUCUGUCCCUGUCUGUAGCUCUUAGCCAGGGAAAAGUCCUAUAAAAAUAAUUGAUGAUUGGCAUAUAUAAGCCAGAUGUGCAAAGCAGUAUUGGUGUCUUUAGUAUUUAUAACUGAUUUAAGUGUUCCCCUGCAUUGACUCCUGUUACCCACAAGGGAAAACAGGAAAACAAACAGACCUUCCAAAAGA